GCGGCUGCGUCUAGUAGCAGGAGAAGAUGGCGGUCUCCACAGAUGAAUUCCACUUUUACAUUUUUAGUUCCUUCUCACAUGGAAGUGGAUCUGAAAUUUCCUUCUUCGUUUCUUUGGUUUCUCUGUGUGGACCAGGCUGGCCUCGAACUCAGAGAUGUACCUGUCUCUGCCUCCUGGGUGCCGGGAUUAAAGGCGUUAAAGUUCCUCGUAAUUUUCGCUUGUUGGAAGAACUUGAAGAAGGACAGAAAGGAGUAGGUGAUGGUACGGUUAGCUGGGGCCUUGAAGAUGAUGAAGACAUGACACUUACAAGGUGGACAGGCAUGAUUAUUGGGCCACCAAGGACAAACUAUGAAAACAGAAUAUAUAGCCUGAAAGUAGAAUGUGGAUCUAAAUACCCAGAAGCUCCUCCAUCAGUUAGAUUUGUAACAAAAAUUAAUAUGAAUGGAAUCAAUAAUUCCAGUGGAAUGGUGGAUGCACGGAGCAUACCAGUAUUAGCAAAAUGGCAAAACUCCUAUAGCAUUAAAGUUGUACUUCAAGAGCUAAGACGCCUAAUGAUGUCCAAAGAAAAUAUGAAGCUUCCACAGCCACCAGAAGGACAGACAUACAACAACUAAUAGUGGAUCUCAAAACUUGUCUUAAAUCAACAACCUUCUACUCAUGUUAAUGUUUUGAUUAAGUAUCACCAUGCAAAAUACCCACACAUUAAGUAAAAGAAUUUCAGCUGGUAAACAUGACCUGGACAGUUGUAAGAAUAUAUUUAAUAUAUGUACACCUAUUAUGUUUUCAGGUAACAAGUGCAGCACCAUUUUUCUUUCUCUACCUAAAGCACUGUCAUUUAAACAUGAACCUGAAAUAUUCAAAUUGAAUUCAGGUUUUCAAGACAGAAGCAUGGCAAAGGAGUGUCAGAUGGCCAUGGACACCUUUGUUGUUCUGAAAAGUAAAGUCUCAAGAAGGAAGAACAGAAAUGGCAUGCUUUAACCGUCAUACUUAGAGCUGCAGUUGGAAUUGUUUAAAGUAACAGGUAUAAUGAAUAGUCACAAAUUGUGUUAAUUCUUGAAGUGGUGUGGGUGCUGACUACUACUAGUAUCAAAAAUAGGUUCAGGAUUGCUUUGAUACCUGUAUUUAUAAAAAGAUGUUUGGGGGUAUUGAUGAAUUUCUGUUAAGCUGUUCUCAUUUAUUACAUGUAACAGACAUGAUAAUUUGUUUACAGUCUUUGUGUAAUAAAACAUGCUUAGAAGUUUUAAGUGAAGUCAACGAAAAGGAAAUAGGUGUAUGGAUAUGUGAUUUUGAGAUUAAAAUUAGACUUAAAAUGUAAAUAAAAUACGAAAUGUGUCCUCAGA